AUGCGGCGCGCCAGCCGAGACUAUUCCAAGUACCUGCGCGGCGCCGAGGAGCCGGGCGCCGGCGCCGCCCACGACUUCGGCCCGCCGCCCUCCCCGCCGCCCGGCCCGCCGCCCGGCCAGCCCCACGCGCCGCCCGCCUCGCGGCCCCUGCUGGCCGCCCUGGUGCUGCUGGGCCUGGGCCAGGUGGUCUGCAGCGGCGCCCUCUUCCUCUACUUCCGCACGCAGAUGGACCCUAACAGAAUUUCAGAAGACGAUGUGUCCUGCUUGAGAACGUUCCUGAGGCUCCAAGGGAAUCCAGAUCUGCAGGAAAUGUCUUUGGCAAACCAGGAGACAAGGUUGAUGUCGGAAUCGUGCCGAAGGAUGAAGCAGGCUUUUCAGGGAGCGAUGCAGAAGGAAGUGCAGCGUAUUAUUAUUGGGAAAGACCAGCCCAGAUCUGAGAAAUAUAUAAUGGAAAAACCGUGGCUGGAUUUGUCCAACCAGAACAAGCCUGGCAAAGCUCCCCUGGCUCAUCUCCUCAUUGACGGUGACAACAUCCCAGCUGGAACCCGUAAGGUGAACCUUACCUCCUGGCAUCAUGACAAAGGCUGGGCAUAUAUACUCAAUAUGACAUUCAGUGAUGGAAAACUCACAGCCAGUCAUGAUGGCUUUUACUAUCUGUAUGCCAAUGUGUGCUUUAGACACCAUGAAACCUUGGGGAAUAUAACUGGACAACUGCACUUGAUGGUGUAUGUGACAAAAACUGAUGUUAAAAGAAAAACUUCUGUAGUGCUGAUGAAGGGCGGAAGUACCAAAUAUUGGUCAGGGAAAUCGGAAUUUCAUUUUUAUUCUGUAAAUGUAGGAGGGUUUUUCAAACUAAAAUCUGGUGAAAAAAUUGGUGUUCAGGUAUCAAAUCCUUCAUUGUUGGAUCGCAAUCCAGAAGGAACGUACUUUGGGGCCUUUAAAAUAAGGGAUAUUGAUUGAGCCCUGCUUGAAGAAAUUUUCUAAAAAAAAAAAAUCGCUUAUGCAUCUGGAUCAGAUUCUUCUCAUCGUGUGAGAUCCAGUUCCACAUGGAUAAGAAUUUUCCCUAGGUGGCUUGACCCAGCUUCAGUAACAAUCCUACACAUUGUGUGAGAAUUGUUCAGUCCCCAAACUUAAUGUUAAAAUUUUGUGGUUAUUUGGUUGAGAUGUCAUGUGGAUAUAAAUUGGCAUCUGGUCCAGAAUAGUAUAGAAAUAGUUUGUUUUUAAAUACUUUAGAAUCCAAAUAAAGUGUCCAUAAAGGAAGUAAAGUAUAUAUUUGCAUCUCAACCAAAACCAAAACAAGGCGUUAAGAAAUUAGAGAGAGAUUUUGAGGUUGUGCCUCUAAUUUCGUUUUGUAUGUUACUCUGGAAAGUGACAUGUGCACUGAUAAAAAUAUAUAAAAAUAAAUAACAGUAAUUUUUGUCCUCCAAAACAUUUGGAAAAAGAAAAUAAUAUUUUGCCUGGUAUAAAGGCUUCUAGAUUUGGAUUUAGUGGAAAUGUUAGAAAUAUAUAAAAAGGUCGUUCUCCAUUUUUGUAUUUUCCCCAGAAGAUGGAAAUAUGUGCUUGGACCACAGAAUGUUUCCUCUGAUGGAAGGGAUUUUCGUCAGCAGUGGGGACCUUCCUGGACUCCUCUUCCUACUGCAACCCCAACUCCCUCUGAAAUGCUGCUCCAGAGGGGGAGUUGAAUGUUUGCAGUGGGAGGGGAAACUGGCUAAAACCACCCCUUCCAUUCAUGGAAAUUCUCCAUGGUCUCCAUCAUCCCCCCCCCCAUUCUUCUGCAGGCAGAAUUGUGUCUAAUGUGUUGUGUGUUUUGUACUUUUGUGCCUUGUUAAUUGCCUUUUCCCCACCCCCAGCUAUGCAGGGUCAGGCAAUCCAGUCUUUGUACUUUUGGAACUUCUAGCAUUGGAUUUCCCCCGACUUGCAUGUUGUGAUCUUCUGUCCAGUUUACUGCAAGACAAGGGUGCUCCUGUGGUUGUUUUGUAAUGAGGGAACAAUUACACAGUACUUCCAGUGAACACUCAAGUGUGGACUGAUGAAGUGCACACCAAAACAUUGCUGUUCAGAGUGGGUUCACCCGUUACAUUUUUGGUUUUAAGAUUUUUUAAAACAUGUAUGUAAACAGGUAAUGUUUGAAAGAGACACAUCCAUGGCUGGAAACAAGUUUAUUGUACAGAUACGGCAAUACAGGCAAAAUUGGGUUCAGCUCCUAGUCCCAGUGUCGUCCCCUGGAUUUGCUGUCAGAUAAUGUUUGAAAGACCCGCGAAGGCAGUGCUUUCGAGAACUCUCUAGAUUACAAGGGUUUAUUGCCCUUGUAACCAGUAGGGCAGCACUUAACAGCAGCAGAUGUUGCCAGUUCUAAUGGCCACACAGAAAGCUGCCUUACAGUAAAUCAGUCCAUUGGUCUGUCAAAGCAUCAUCUGUUCAGAUGGGCAGUGGCUUUCCCGGAUCUCAGGUAGUGGUCUUUCCCAUCACCUGCUACCUCGUCUUUUCCAGCCGGAGAUGCUGGGGAUCGAACUUGGCCUUCCUGCAUGCCAAGCAGGUGCUGUGCCACUUUGCCAUCACCAGUCAUUCAGGGGGUGCUAGAAAAGAGUAGCUAACCAUGAGAAGAUGAUGGCCCCAUGAGGAGUGGCUAAGCAAGGAACACGCUGCACCAACUGAAACCAAUUCUGUGUAAGUUUUACAUGAUUUAGUGGAUGGCAAUUAGGUGCAGAUGGGCAACUGGUUCAAGUUUUAUUUCCUUUUUGAGUCUUCAUGCCCUUUUGUUUAUUCAUCCUAACACUGCAUGCUUUCAUUGGUGAAUGUUACCCCUUCAGUGUCCCUGCUUGCUACAGAGAGCUUGUGGAAUGAUUGCCUAUAUAAAGUUGGUCCAGCUACCGUGGACCUCCAGGGUCUCAGGCAGAAAACAGUUCCCACUCUGAAGUCCUUUGAAUCGGAGAUGCCGGGGCUUGAUCCAGGGACAUUUGCAUGCAAAGCAGGUGUUCUGCCUCUGAGCUACAGCCCCUCUCCUCUGGUCAUGCCACUGGACAUGCUCCUAGAGCAUCAUAGAACAUGAGGGCAAGUAUAUAAGACACCCUUGGUUUAGAAUCCACUUCUCUGUCCUAAGUCAAAAGUAGAGGUGGGCAUGAAAUGAAAUACGAACUAAAGUUUGUCACAAACCAGGCUGUUUUUUUGGUUCGUGAACCAGCAGUUUGUCGGAGGGCAUUUCUGACGAACUGCAACAAAUCGCAACGAUGUUUAGGCCAGUUUGUUUGGUUUGUUUUUUGGUUCGUCACUGCAGACAGCCUGGUGCUGAUCAAUCAGUUUCCUAGGCAAUGGGGGGGAGGGGCCUUCUGCAGACUGCUGCACCGAAAGUGAUGUAUUCACCAACCAAAUGAACUGGUUCGCAAACCAGACAGUUUCAUGCCAGUUUGUGAAACGUGAUGAACCACGAACCGCAAUGAACUGCCAUUUUCCCGGUUCGUGCUCAUCUCUGGUCAAGAGUCCUGUGAGGGUGCCUGGUGGUUUGAGCUAUUCAGAAAGCCCUCUUGAGUCUUUCGUUCUGCAGGUGAUUUUCUGUUUUGGAAGGAAGAGCACUCGUGUCUUUCUGGCUUCAGUUCUGCCAGUAGAUUUUCAGCAUUGUUUCCUCAAGCCAGACCUUGCAUAGAUUCCCAAAAGGCAAAAAUAGGUAUUUUUGUAUUCUAUAAUAUCAAGUUCUAUUUCAGAUGUAAUUUUUUUAUUUGAAAAAAAUACUGUAAUUUAUAUUUGUCCUAAAGUAUUUGAUACAAAAUAUUUAAAAUUAAAGUGUUUGUAUAUUUAAUGUUUGAAAAUUGUUUGAUGUACAGACGUGGAUGACUGGUGCACUUUUUAAAAUCCCAGUGGGAAAAAACUGCAGCUAAAAUGAUCGUUUUGCCAUUAGUAAAUGUAAUAUAUUUCUUUUUGGUUUAUUAAUUUAAUAGUUCCUGACUGAUCUUACCAAUGUUACUGAAAAGUCAAGAGUCACACAUUAUUACAUGACAACUGUUGAUAAUUUCUGGUGCCUUUCACAGCUGGGCUUUGCUCUCACAAUCACUUGUUCUAGCAAAAUCCUUCCAAAGUUACUGAAGCAAACUCCACACGGUUAAAAACCACUUGGGGGGAUUUGGGGAGGAAACUGAAAUCAUGUCACUGGCAUUCUAGAAGAUGUAUGUGUGAGAUCAGAGUUCUGUUAAGAGUAUUUAUGUAAUUGUUCAACAGACAUGUUAUCCCGUUAGAGAUGCUACAAACUGUAAGUGCUGUUAAUAGGUUUUUGUAAAACAAACUUCCCAUCAACAAAUAUUUAGAGGUCUUCAUUUGAAAAUUAUUUUGUACUGUUCAAUAAGCAUUACUUUUGAAUGCCAUGACUUUUUUUUUAA